GCGUCACAGACUGUCAGUUUUCAAAAUGACGCUCUUGUCCGCGAGCGAUCAACGCGUCACUGAAUGCAACAUGAAGGACCGCACACAAGAGCUCAGACAAGGAAAAGACCCAGAAGAGGUGGAUGAGGUGGCCGUCGGUAUUGAAAAGGGUUUCAUGGACGAGUUCUUUGAGCAGGUAGAGGAGAUUAAAGGGUUCAUUGACUCUCUGGCAGAGAGAGUAGAAGAAGUGAAAAUAAACCACGGUGCCAUCCUGGCCUCUCCAAACCCGGAUGAGAAAACAAAAGCGGAUUUGGAGGAGUUGAUGACAGAUAUCAAGAACUUGGCUAAUAAAGUACGCUCCAAGUUAAAGAAUAUCCAACAGACCAUAGAGCAGGAGGAGGCACUAAACCAUUCAAAAAAUCCAUCGGCUGAUCUGAGGAUACGGAAAACACAGCACUUAACCCUGUCACGUAAAUUUGUGGAGGUGAUGACAGAAUAUAAUGCAACGCAGUCAGAUUACAGGGAGCGCUGUAAAGGACGGAUACAGAGACAGCUGGAGAUCACGGGAAGAAAUACGACAAAUGAGGAGUUGGAGAGCAUGUUAGAAAGUAACAACCCCUCCAUCUUCACUUCCGGAAUCAUCAUGGACUGCAACAUCAGUGAACAGGUCAUGAAUGAGAUUGAGACGCGGCACAAUGAAAUCAUCAAACUGGAGAACAGCAUCCGUGAGCUGCAUGAUAUGUUCAUGGAUAUGGCCAUGCUGGUGGAGAGCCAGGGAGAGUUAAUAAACAAUAUAGAGAAGAAUGUCAGCAGUGCACAGGAAUAUGUGGAAAAGGCCAAAGAGGAAACCAAAGCAGCUGUCAAAGUCCAGAAGACUAGCAGGACGGGAGAUAUGAUAGACCGUAUAGAGUAUAAUGUGGAUCAUACAGUGGAUUACAUUAAGGAUGCGUUGUUAAACACCAAGAAGGCUGUAAAGUACCAGAGUAAAGCGCACCGGAAGUUGAUCCUGAUCGGCGGGUGUGUGUCCAUCUGUCUGUUCAUCCUCAUCAUCUCUCUAGCCAUUGGAUUGAGCUAACAAGACCCUCCACUGUCUGUGCGCCGCUUGUGACAGACAGGAGCUCAGGACCAUCUGUGUGCAUACUGUUUUAUUUGAGAUUCAGCCGAUAGAUUCAGUAGAAAAAAAUACAAAUAAAUCAUAGACAUGCAGGAUGUGCAAUGUACUGAAAGAUGAAAUUAGAUGAAAUAGGCUACGAUGUACAGUGGCUAGAAAAAGUAUUCACUAUCUGUAAAGUUAUUGUUUUACGUGUCAAUUGACUUUUUCUGAAGUUAUACAUUAUAGAAAAUAUGUAAAGAAAGCAGACAGGACCAUUACCGUUUACAGAAGUGGGUGUGAAUUUCAGCCCAACACUUCCUAUUUAAUGUUCAAAAGGUGAGAGGUAGGAUGUAAGUAGCUAAAUAUUUCAUAUUUGAUGACCCAGAGUAACUAAAUAUUAAAUGUGAAUCCAGGAAUGCAAGCAAUUCAAAAGGAGCCGUUUUCAGCAGAUUCGGCUUGAGGUUAAAAUGCAUUCUUAUGCAAUAAAAUCUAGUUCUAGAUUUCUACCGUCUAUAUCCUACUCAAAUAUUGUGAUUCCAGACCCAGAUGUCUUCGCUGCGAUCAGUGGCUGGACUUUGAUUACACACAUAUGAUUGUCCGUUCUCCUGAAAGAGGACACUUUUCAUGUCAUCACCUGUGUUUGUGUUGUUAUGUACCGCUCUGUGUCACGUCUGCUCAGCACUGUGGCAUGACUGUAAAUGGUAAACAGUGUUAUGUAUUUACUACACUCCUAAUGUUCAAAAUAAUGCCGUCUUGGAGAGCAGUGUUGAGCUAAGUGUUGUUUACUCUUAGAAACUGGUGUUUUACAUUAGACGAUACUUACAUUAAGAUCACAACAGCAUAUGUUUUGUAAAUGAAUCUAUAUCAUGUUAAGUCAUAAUGAAUGAAACCCCCACAAUCCUCAAACUGCUCUCCAUGAAUCUUUAAACAUCUAAUGAUAUUUCUGCCUGGGUCUUCUUUUUUUCAUGCUGCCUGGAUAUCUUUUUUUUUUUUCUUGAACUCUUCCAAAUACAGAAGAAAAUCACAAUUAUUAUCUGCUGUGUGCUGCUUGGGAUCGUGGUUGCUUCUAUCAUCGGCGGUGUGUUGUCCUGAAUGACACACUUUCAGCAUGAUGUGUUUAGAGCGGAUCAUAAAGAGGAUGUUUGUUUGAGUCUGUGUGAGGCUGGACUGAACUACAUGGCUUGCAUAGGCAUCAAACCUGAGCAAAAGUCAUUUAGUCAGUUCAAGCCUUUAUUCUGGUUAUUGUACGUCGCUGUAUUUCCUCAAGAAUAAAACACAGGUCGCCUCUGAACAAAACUAAAUGUAUCAUCUGUCAUUGUGAUACUUUGAGGCUCUUUGAAGCAAACACGUUCUCUUAUUCUAUAGUGAUAAAGAGAAAGUAGUGUGUGUCGUUAUCAUAAAUGAACCACUAAUCUUUUAUUUAAAUUGAAAACAAUGAUUUCUGUUUGUUUUAUUCUGUUGUUGCAGUUCAAGGUCCAGUUUAUUCACACCUCUGAGAUUGUUUCCAGAUGUCUGUGUGCUUCAUUAAACAUGUGAAUGUCUAAAGCGAACAUGCAUUAGUCCUCUAAUUCACGCAUCUUAAAUUUGCUCGACAAAAACAUGUGAAAUGCGGUACUAAUGAUAACAGUCAAAUCAUUAUAAUCAAAUGUAUAGUUAGAUUGAAAUUCUACGUUCAAGAUCUAUAGCUUGGUCUGAUUUGUCAAUCUGCUAGUAUGAAUACAUUUCUGGGCCCAUGGUGCACAUAAUAUAAGAGAAAUGUGUCAUUCAUAAUCAACAGUUCGUAUUGUUUAUCAUAGACCAAUACAUUAGAGCAAAUUGUGCAUGUUGUAAAGCUUAUAUUGCACUUAGAAUUUGUAUUCAUUUCUUAAAUGUAUAUGUUUUGUUUGUAUAAAAGGAUGAAUCCCUUCUCUGAA